UCUUGGCGAGCCAAGGUCAACUUUAGUUUGAUUCUGCUGUUAUUUGGCCCACAGAACUUUAAAAGUUGAAAACAACUAAAAAAUACUCCUACCAGGUAUUUUGCCCUGGUAAGAGAAGUCGAGAGUUUUAUUUUUUUAUUUUGACUUUCCGAUUUCAUUCGCAGAGGACUGUGUAAUACCGGGUACGAUGAGCUACACUACCCCGGAUAACUCGGUGGCUUGCACGGCACACAACAAAGGUCUGAUAAUCUACUGCCGGACUUGUGAUUACUGUGUCUGUGCGGACUGUCUAGUCAGUGCGGAACACCGUGAACACGAAUUAAAGUCCCUCUUGGAUGGCUACAAACAACAAAUGAAUGAGUUGAAGAAAACCACCAAGCAGCUGAAGACUGACCUGAGGAUCACGGGAGAUGUCGAGGCACAAAUUGUCAAGGCAGAGAAUGAUGUAGAGGACAUGGUGGCGAAGGUGAGAGAGUCUGUGGCCAAUAAAUAUCUGGAGCUGCGGAAGUUGAUUGACAACAAUGAGAAGAAGGCCUUUCAGCUAAUAGCAGCCGAGCACAAGAGCAUUCGGCUGCAGCUGGAAAGAUGGAAAACGGACUGUAAUGCCUAUCAGAACAAUGCCACAGAAAUUGCAGAGAGUGCCGAACAAAAGAGCCAAUUGGCAGAGAAAAGCAAUGACUGCUCCAUUGUCACUGAGCUGAUGGACAUCAGUGCACUCAAAUUAAGUGUCAAAUCUUUGGAGUUCUUCAUUCAGCGCCUCAAGAAGGAAAUGCGCUUUGACCACCACAGGCUGGCAAUUCUGGAGAAGUCAGUGGAGCACAUUGUUAGGAAGAAUAUGGAGCUCCUGCCGCGUCCUUGGGAGUAUGCUGUGGACCUCAUGUUUGACGAAAACACCGCUCACAAAAACCUCCAGGUUUCAGAAGAUAAAAAACAGGUCUCCAAUGUCUCUUCGCCCCAGAAGGCCCGAAAUACGGAUGAAUGGUUCGACAUCAGGCCAUACGUCCUUGCCACUAAUACCUUCUCCAGUGGGCAGCAUUACUGGGAAGUGGAGGUGCAGGGCAUGGCAAACUGGUGUGUGGGAGUGGUGUACGACCACAGAACAUGCAAAGGAAGCGAAGCAGCCCUGGGUCUUGACAAGAAUUCCUGGGGCUUGCAGAUGUUUGAUGGGGAGUUCCUGGCCAUGCACAAUGGGGAGAGUAUCUUGCUGGAAAAGUGGAAUGUGUGUUACCGUGUGGGGAUCUUCCUUGACUAUAAGAAUGGGUACCUGACCUUCUUCUGUAUUAAUAAAGCACAGCCCAUGCAUACCUUCAGGGCCAAGUUCAAAAAGCCUCUGCGCCCAGCCUUUGGCAUCAACUCUAAUUCAACUCUGCUUCUCUGUAACCUUGUGCCAGAGGAAGACCCAGCUGGAUCAGAUCUGGGCUUUGAAGAAUCCAUGCCUGAGCUUGAGGAGACAAAUGACUCUAGCUAUUCAAUGGCCGGUAGCCAAUGACAUCAGUCCAGCAAAGCAGAGCAUCAUGAUGCAAGGACAUGAGAUGUCUUAUGUCCUGCGUCCAUGCUCAGGCCAACUUGAGUGGACUUGAGUACUCUCAACUUGGUAUGAAGUUUGCAAAAUGUAUGCUGGGGGUCAACUCUGCAUUUCUAGAAUUUGCCGACUUCUGCAAGUUAUUACAUGGACUGGGAGGUUGUCAUUGGUUUUGUUGUGGGAGGUGAACAGGAUGUACUGUAGAUAACCAGUGUAAACAUCACUGAUCAUCCUAACAUUGUACUGUAACCUGCUGUAAUGAUAUUAUAACUCGCUACUUUAAAUUUAAACACUUUGGAAAAAUUGGGGGAAAAAAGCAGAAGUAAAGAGAG